AGUUCAGGAUUAGAGAAAGCAGCAGCUACCUUGAUUUGCCAUAUUUAAUCAUGGAGAGUGAGCAGAGUUACACUGGUAAGUGUGCCAGUGGUUGAUAUUUUAAGGUGGAGGGAGGAUUUUUCACACACCCUCGUCACGAGGGGUUGAUGGCAUCUUUGUCGAGCCCAGUGGGUCAGAGCCUUAUCAGUUUGAGCCACUGGCUCAAGGCACUGACUCAGCAAUGACCGAAGCCAGUACUGCCGAAGCAGUGGAGGACAGGAUCAUUCCAACUAUAUAUUAUCAUAUUUAUUUGUCCUUUUGUAAUCCAGGCAGGAUCACCGACAGCUUUGCGUAUCGUGAUUAGUUUGCUAUCUCUACUCUGACUACAGGUGUUUUUUUAGGAUGAGGCAGCAGCUGUCUGCCUGUGCGACAGGUCUAUGGCAAGACGAAUAACAUUUAAUUGCUAGAUUACUGACAUCUGCAACAUAAUUUUGCUUAGUCAAAACUCUUAUUCAAAGUAUUUGUAAUUAGAUUUUGACUAGUCAAAACUGGUAAGAUGUUCUUCCACGGCCCCACUCUGUGAGCCCCAGGUGCUGAUCAGAGCGCACCACUGAAUGAUGGGUAGGGAAGACACCUUAAUAGUGGGGCAGGUGGCGUUGUGUGCGUUUUUGUUACUCCUGCUGCAUGUCAGCUGUUUGUGUUGUGGCUGUGCUUUUGGGAUCUGCUUAUCUGACGCCUUGAGGGCCACUUUUUCAACCUAUUUUUGUUUUUGUUUUUGCACUACACCUGCUGGUGUCUUCUGGAGCGCUGUUGCUCCACUGGCGUUAUCAGCCACAGUUGGAGUGCAGUGCACGGCUUCUGGUGGUCUCUGACCAGCCUUCUUGUUCUACCUCCGUUUUUGAAAAGCAACUCUGUUUAUAAUUUUCCAUAUGAGCGAAUGCCUGAGGACUAUAGAUGUCUUGUACUUGUACAAUGCUUUUUUAAAGUCUGAUGAUCCCAAAGCGCUUUACGCUAGUCAGUUAUUCACCCAUUAAUGCACACAUUCUCACCCUGAUGGUGGUGAGCUAUGCUAGAAGCCACGGCUGCCCUGAAAAAGACUGACAGAAGCGAGGCUACACAGCACCACAGGCUUUUGGUAAAUCUUACUACAGAAAAUGUAAAUAAUUUAAUGGCAAUAAAUCCUCAGUGUGCACGUGGGAUGUUGCUCACAUAGGUCAAGUGAAAGCUCAGGGAGUUUGUGUGUAUGCUCGGACACAUGAAAAAUUUGGGGUAACAUUGGUAGACACUACUAUAAAACAACCAUGUAAACAGUUUAUUGGCAAAAAAUAUUGAUUGACUUACCCUUUAGGUUCCUUUUGUCAGUUUUUUUUCUUUUUCCUUUGUUCAUUUAUGUUUCAUUGUUUACACUUGUUAAACCAAUGUUGUUGGACUAGUGGUGGUUGUGUGGUGUGUUUCUCAUCUGUUUCCUGUAUGGUGGGACAAGUAGAUGCCAGCCCCAGGUGUUCUCCAUCGAUGGCAAUCGAGAGGAGUACUUUAGGCAGCAGGAGACACCCGGAAGGUACCAAUCCCCUCUGGAACCUGGUCAGGAUCAUUCUCCAAGCUGUGCCUGAGAAGAUCCGCUGUUGGAGAAUCCAGUUCUGAAUCCCAAGAGGGUUCCUGACACUCCAGAUGACCACUGCUCCUCUUGAUCUGCUGGUGUCAACACUGACGCCUGUCUACCCUCCCAUGCUCAGUUCCACCAAGCCAUCCUCCACACUCCCCUGACUGCCUAAGCACCUUCUGGACUCUACUAACCAUCCAUCCCUCUGUGACCAGAGCCUUCCCCAUCAGCCAGUCACCAGUCUCAAACUCCCUCCGGCCUCACUCCAGUCAUUCAACAAACCGGUCUUAAUUCUAUCUAUGUCUAAGUGUUUGUUGCUACAGAGUCAGUCAUGGAAAACAUUAACAUUUAUUGUUACAUAUAAAAACCUAAAUACACUGAGCACUUUUUUAAAUUCAGAAACAAGUAGUUUCCAAGCAUAGGUGUACUGGUUUAUUAUUCAUAAUUUGGUACUUUGACCUUGCGAAUAGUUUCUGUGAGCAAGCAAAGCUGAUAGAGCGUCUGUUCUUGUAUGUCUAUGCUUUGACACAUGUGUAGAAUAUCAACCCAGCCCGAUGUGACAUCAAUCCACAGCAAUUUCCUCAAAAUCUUUCUAAAAACGGUUGAACUUUACUUCUGCUUUAGUUGGCGUGUUGCCUUGAGGAACAUGAAGAUGUUCAGUCUUCACAUCUUGCUCUUCAUGUGCUGUGCUUUGAGUUGUGUGACCAGUGAUGAAGAUGUGAUCCCUGUGUUCGGAUAUGAGGAUAGUGAUGCAGUGGUUUCCUGUCCAUAUGCUGAAGGAUAUGAGGAUUAUGAAAAGUACCUGUGUAAGGACGACUGUGGUAGUGAUGAUGUUCUUAUUACGACAUCAGAGAUAAAUGAAGACAAAUACUCCAUCGAUGAUGACAAAAGAUCAAGAAUCUUCAGCGUGACCAUCUCUGAUCUUCGUUUUGAGGACGCUGGGAAAUACUGGUGUGGAGUGUCUAGAACAGGAAAAGAUAUCUACACUGAAGUAAAACUGGAAGUGGGAAAAGACAUAUGGGGUAAGACUCCAGCUAAAAUUCAAGGCAAUGAGGAAGGUUCGGUCUCCAUCAGGUGUAGAUAUGAAACCGAGCCUGUCAACAACCUGAAGUACAUCUGCAGAGGAAACCGGCUCUCCACGUGUCUAAGGCAAGCAGUUGUCACCUCUAACAACGAACAAAAUGGACGAUUCACACUCACCGAUGACAAGAAUGCAAAAGUUUUCACAGUUACCAUUUCCAGUCUGAAACUGAGUGAUUCUGGGUGGUAUCUUUUUGGUGUCCAAAGAGACACUGGGUCGGAUGGCUUCUGUGCUUUUGACCUCAAAGUAAAAGAAUGGUGCUGUGUAACAUCCAGGUAUGUUAAAGGCACCGAGGGACAACCAAUAACCAUGCAGUGUCCUUAUCCACCUGAACAUCGUAACAACAGGAUGUUCAUCUGCAAAGGAAACCAUCGCAGCGACUGUACAAAUAUGAUGACGGGUCGAAGCAGGUUCAAAGUGGACAGUAUUUUUCCUAGCUAUUUCUCUGUCACCAUCACAAACCUGGAACAAUGGGAUGCUGGCACAUACUGGUGUCGAUCAAACUCAGAGUGGGUUGUUGGAGACUACACCCAGUUUCGUCUGUCUGUAGGGAAAAAACUAAUUGUUGAAAAGAAAGUACUAAAGGAUCUGCCAGAGCAAAAACAAACGGAAGUUUAUCGGCUCCAGACCAGCACAGUGGAAAAUGUCAUUACAGCUUCACCUCAGAGUAUAGCUAAUGUCUCUGAGACAUCUGAUCAAGGUGCGGUUCUCUUUGGGCUUUUUGCUGUACCUCCUGCUCUGUUAAUGAUAGUGAUUAUCAUCCUGGUUAUAGUGUGCAAGAAAAAAUGUCACAAAGUGAAAGAUACAGAAAUUGCCACAAAUAGAAGCAGAAAUGAGGCGAGAAACUCAAAGGAAGUGAUGGGUGGAGAAAAUCUUUACGAAAACCAUGAUGAGAUUGUAAUGCGCUCACAACAGAACAUCUACAAAGAGCAGAAUGCCUGUUACCACUUUGAUGACCCAGAAGAUGAAGCUCAUUAUAACAGCAUCUCAACAACUGAGGACAUCUACUGUAAUGAGUAGAGAAAGGAGAUAGAGUGUGUCAAAUAUUUGGUCUUUGGCAGAUUUAUUUAACCUGUCAUUGCAUGAGAAAUUGUGUAAAAAUACAGAAACAUUUGGAACUGUGACAAGGUAGAAGUUUAAACGUUGAUCAUUUGCUGUCAUCAGCUUAUUGAAAAAUAAAAAGGCUGUGUGAACGGCCCAAAUUUGAUCUUUUCACCCUAAAAAAUUAGAUUUGUGCCACUUCCACAUGUGGUACUAAUUUGUAUACAUAUCGCAUAUUUUUCAAAACAUCCGCUGUCUGAACGGUCAUGUCACAUUUUAUCAGUCUUUCAUGUCUCUCUGCUGGAUCUCACUACACAGCAGUAACAGCUAGUGCUCCAUGAAAGACCAUUGCUAGUAGCUGUGCUGCUUUCUUCUUACCUUACUUCAUGUUGCUAUGAUGUGGUCUUAAUGUUAUUGGCUCCCAUUGUUUAACAGCUUCUAAAUAAUAACAAAGAGAUGCCAGUUGGUAUCCAUGUUUUUUUGACUUUUUUUUUUUAAUUAAACCUUAUUGAACGCUAAGCACUUCUAUAACCAUUACAUUCACCAUUACUUCAGUAACAGCGUGUGGCUGUGUGACGCCUCCUUCUGUUUUCUGCGAAUGUGGAUCGCUUUGCUGUCUUGAACCGUUCAGACCGCAGUGUGAUGGCAGUCAAAUUUAAUAGUAUCAUGAACGGCCAUCUAAAAACAAUCUGAUUUCAGCAUGAAAUUGGAAUUGAGCAUCAGGACCUGCAGUGUGAACAUAGCCUUUGAUUGGUUACAGAUUUCAUUGAUAGUAGAUUGUAAUACUCAGAACAAUAAAUUGUGUAAUGUUAAACCUAUAUAUUAGCAUGCUGUUUAACUAUAAGAAUAAAAUAUGUCUUUAUAUAAUGGGCUGCUAGUAACCAAAAUGCCAUUGGUUAACACAUCUAAAAAAAGCAAUGUGUUUAUGACACAAGUUUUCAACAUAAAAUGCAAAGGUGAUCAAGCAUUCACUGAGGUUGCCCCAAGAUUGUUUUUUUUUUUUUUCCCAGUGUCCUGUCUAGCAAUAUGGCAAUAGGAAUUGAUGUCUCAAUGCCAGAUAGAG